AGAGGUCAGCUGAUGCAGGCUGUCAUCCACAGCGCUGUGUUUGCAGAUUGCUUGUUUUUCUAAAAUAAAAGCUGCAGCUCGUCGUUGCAGCAUGAAAGGUUUAUAUUGCAGAGCUGCAGAGAGCGACGCUGAGCCCCGCUUUGUUAUUCAGGAAACGACUCUCCCAGAUGUUUUGGGCGACCAUGAGGUCAGAGUUAAAGUCAAAGCAUGUGGACUGAGCCCUCUGGACUUUAAGUGGGUUUUUCUAGGAGUUCUUCCUCUAGACUCGCCCUGUUCUGGACUCUGUGAACUUGUUGACGUAGACGAAUACUUUUUAGUUCAGAAGCCUGAGAAGCUCAGCUGGGUCAGCGUGGCGGCAGCGCUGCGUGAUGGAGUGUGUGCUUACACCGCUCUGCACACACACGCUCGCAUGGCAGCCGGACACACGCUCCUGGUCAUGGACGGGGCCAGUCCCUUCGGCCUCAUGUGCAUCCAGUUGGCUUGUUAUCAUGGAUUGAAGGUUCUCGCCACCUCCCACUCUCCACAGCAGCAAACGUUCCUGGAGCAGCUUCGGCCCAGCGUAGGCAUUCAGGAUCCUUUAGUAGCCAGAGUUAUCCCGGUGCAUAGCGGAUCUGACCUGCUAUCCGUGGUCCUGGAGGAGACGGGGGGUCUGGGAGUGGAUAUAGUCGUGGAUUCUGAAGUCCGUCUGCAUGAAGAUGAGGAAGAGGGUGAGGAGAGGAAACUUCUCCCUCACAAGCAUGACAUCAUCAGUGUGCUGGGGGUGGUCGGCCACUGGGUCACAUCCCAUAAGAACCUGCAGCUGGACCCUCCAGACUGCAGGUUACUGCAUCUGAAAUCAGCCUCUGUGUCUUUCCUCAACCCAGAGGUCUGGACUGCUUCAGCAGCGCAGCAAGGGCGAUACCUCCAUAUCCUGAAGGACAUUGUGGAGAAGAUGUCGGCUGGAGUUCUCAGACCUCAGACAGAAGAAGCUGUUCCUCUCUAUGAAGCCACAGUCGCUAUGGAAACCGUCCAGCGCCAUCACAGGAAAAAGGCUGUUGUUCAGCUUUAAUAGAUCGUAGAUCUGUGGGACCAGAUGUUUUCUGGAAGUCAAAUGAAGUUGAUUAAAAGCAUUCCCAUUUUUUCUCCAAAUGGAAUUAAUGGCAGUUCUAAUGUUAAACGUUCCUCAUUAAAUGUUUUUUUAAACAGUUGAGCACAGAAUCCAGGAAGGAUUAAUCAGAAUAUCGGUUAGAAAAAUAAGGCUGUUUGUGUUUCCAUUAUUUCUCCUUAGGAGCUGCAGUCAAUCCAAACUAUUAAUUCUCAUUAAACGAGAUACAAAGUGUGUUUUUAAAGACCAAAAAUCCCAUUUUACAGUUUGUUUACAUUUUGUAAUGCUUAGGA